CAUCACUUCCCACUUCAUUGUUCAUUCCAAAAAUUAGACUUUCUAAAAACUAAUACUCAAAGUGUCAAAACAGCUUGUUUUACAAAAUUAGCCAACACCCACUUCAUUUUAUUCAUAAUCUUUGAUUCUUUCUACAACUUUCAGAAGAUGGUGUUCAUUUCAAGCAAUAACCAAAAGCAGCAGCUUCUUUCAAAAAUAGCCACAAAUGAUGGACAUGGAGAAAACUCAGCCUAUUUUGAUGGUUGGAAGGCUUAUGAAAAUGACCCUUUUCAUCUCUCUAACAAUCCUAAUGGUGUUAUUCAGAUGGGUCUUGCAGAAAAUCAGCUUUGCUUUGAUUUAAUCCAAGAAUGGGUGGUGAAUAACCCAAAAGCCUCCAUUUGCACAACUGAAGGAGCUGAAGAUUUUAAAGAUAUUGCUAUUUUUCAAGACUAUCAUGGCUUGCCUGAGUUUAGACAGGCAGUUGCAAGGUUUAUGGAGAGAGUAAGAGGAGACAAAGUCGCAUUUGACCCAAACAGAAUAGUAAUGAGUGGAGGAGCAACUGGAGCUCAUGAAAUGUUGGCUUUUUGCUUGGCUGAUCCUGGCGAUGCAUUUUUGGUUCCUACACCAUAUUAUCCCGGAUUUGACAGAGAUUUGAGGUGGAGAACUGGUGUGCAACUUUUUCCAGUUGUUUGUGACAGUUCUAAUGAUUUCAAGGUUACUAGAGAAGCCUUAGAAUCUGCAUAUGAGAAAGCUCAAGAAUCCAAUAUUAAAAUAAAGGGUUUGCUUAUAAACAAUCCAUCAAAUCCAUUAGGCACUCUACUCGACCGGGAUACGCUCAAAGACAUAGUAAGUUUCGUUAAUUCGAAAAACAUCCAUUUAGUAUGCGACGAAAUUUAUGCUGCCACUGUCUUUAAUAAGCCCAAUUUCAUCAGCAUUUCCGAAAUACUAGAGGAAAAUCUUGGAUUAUGCAACCAAGAUUUGAUCCACAUUGUUUAUAGUUUGUCCAAGGAUUUGGGAUUUCCAGGAUUCAGGGUUGGAAUUGUUUACUCGUACAACGAUACAGUAGUGAACAUUGCUAGAAAAAUGUCGAGUUUUGGACUAGUUUCAACACAGACGCAACAUUUGAUUGCAUCAAUGUUGUCUGAUGAAAUAUUCGUCGAAAAAUUCAUUGUUGAGAGUUCUGAAAGGCUUGGAAUAAGGCAAGGGAUGUUCUCUAAAGGACUAGCACAAGUUGGAAUUAGUACAUUAAAGAGUAACGCCGGUUUAUUUUUUUGGAUGGAUUUAAGAAGGCUACUAAAAGAGUCAACAUUUGAAGCUGAGUUAGAAUUGUGGAGAAUUAUUAUCAAUGAAGUGAAACUUAAUGUUUCACCAGGUUGUUCUUUUCAUUGUUCUGAACCAGGUUGGUUUAGAGUUUGUUUCGCGAAUAUGGACGAUGAAACAAUGAGAAUUGCUAUAAGAAGGAUAAGGAACUUUGUGCUUCAAACAAAGGGUAUUACUAAUAAAGUUGCUGCAUUCAAGAAACAAUGCAGUAGGAGCAAACUUCAAAUCAGCUUAUCGUUUCGAAGAUUGGAUGAUUUCAAUUCACCAGUUCAUUCUCCAAUGAAUUCUCCUUUGGUCAGGACUUAAAAGAGAAGAAUGGCUUGUUCUUGUUGUUUGUUUAAUAAGAGGAGAAAGAAUAAUCCUCUGUUACAGUGAUGAGUGAUAGAUUUUAUAUCUAAAUUCAGUAUUUGAUUUCACAGUUCAUUCCAUUUUGUGCAGCUGAUCAAGAAAAGAAAAUAAACAAGUAAGUUUGGAGUAAGUUUUGGAAUUUUCUAUCAUCUGAAUUUUUCCUAUUGUUUACAUCGAUGCAAAAUGUAUCAAAAUGGGAUUCAUUGUGGAAUUUUUUGCUCUUGUUUUUUAUUAUUAACCUUCUUGAGGAAAAGGAGGCUCAAAGUUGCAUGUAACGAGAACUUCUACUUGUACUUCUAUUAAAUAUUAUUACUGGUGUUCUUGAAAUUUUUUA